UUAUUUUGAAAAUCCAGACUCGCUCAGCCAAUCCGAUUUCAGCUUCAGCUAUAACCGGAAGCAGGUGUUACGAAAACAUUACAAGCGCGCCGUGACCGCCGGGAUCAAGAGCGUGAAUUUACAGCGGUAGGAAAACGUCGGCGAGUCGAUGUUCGUCUACCCCGAAGCAGCUGCUCGCCAGUCAUGCUGAAGGCCGUGGGACAAGCUCUCUUCUCGAGUGGACUGCAGAAUCCCAAGUUCACUGCGGAGGAGAGAGAGGGACACGACUAUGAGAUCCGCACCUACCAUACCACCAAGUGGGUGAGCACCUCUCUGAGCGCGCUGCAGCUGGACGCGGCCGUGAACACGGGCUUCCGCAGGCUCUUCGGCUACAUCCAAGGCAACAAUCAAAACAAGGUCAAAGUGGAGAUGACGGCCCCUGUGACGUGCCGCGUCGACCCCGGAGCCGGCCCCGCGUGCGAAUCCCAGUUCACUGUUUCCUUCUACAUCCCAGAGGAACAUCAGGAAAAUCCGCCAGAGCCGAGCGACCCGGAGGUGUUUGUGGAAAACAGGAAAGAGUUCACAGCUUAUGUCAGGACGUACGGCGGUUUCUCCAAUGAGACCAUGAAGCGCCAAGAGCUCCUGAAACUUCUGGAGAGCCUGCAGAGGGACGGCGCCCCGCACGUCGACGAGCCGUUCUACACGGCCGGGUACGACAGCCCCUUCAAGCUGACCAACCGCAGGAACGAGGUCUGGGUCCUGAAGAAGGAAGAGGCGCGGUAGAGAGCUUGAAAGCUCGCGCGGCGCCCAACCCACUGCGACGUAAAAGUACUUCGGUUUAGGGAUGAACACUU